AUGGUUGGCGGAACUAUCAUCAUCGCCUUGCCCUUGCUCUUUUGCUCCUGGGUGACUUGGAAACUGGCUCGCUUUGCUCUGUCUGCUCGGCGCUCACCUUUUCUUCCUCCUGGUCCACCCACACUACCCUUGCUAGGCAACUUACACCAACUGCCGACCAGCAAGGCUUUUAUUAGAUUUCAAGAAUGGGCAAAACACUAUGGCCCUAUAAUCUCAGUCAAAACAGGCCCUGGGAGUCUCAUCGUCCUGAACUCGGCAAAAGACGUAAAGGAACUGUUCGAUAAGCGCGGCUCCAUCUAUUCAAGCCGGCCGCCAAACCACAUCGGCAACGAGCUUAUCGCGCGCAACGAUGUGCACCUACUCCUCAUGCCAUACGGGCAGGCGUGGCGGAACCAGAGAAAGAUAUACCAGGCUCUCGUCAGCAUCACCGCCGUCCGCUCGCUGCAGCCAAUCCAACAGGCAGAGUCCUCCUUGACCAUCCACCAACUUGCACAGUCCCCGGCGCGGUACUACGACCACAUCCGCCGAUACUCAACCGGAGUGAUUCUCUCUUCAGUCUUUGGCGUCCGCGGGCCCGAGUUUGGCCAUCCGAACAUCACGCGCCUCUACCACGUCCAGGACCAAUUCACUGCCAUCCUCGAAACAGGUGCAACCCCGCCCGUGGAUGUCGUUCCGUUCCUCAAGCGGCUGCCGGAUUUCGUCUCCCCCUGGCGGCGCUGGGCGCGCCAGAUCCGGAAGGAACAGCGAGAGCUCUAUUUCGAACUGCUACAAGACGCCAAAGAUCGACGGGCUCGAGGCGUGCGACGCAAUUGCUUCAUGGACCAGCUGCUAGAUGAGAGCUUCAGGGCAAAGUACGAGCUGGACGAUGAGCAUAUUGCGUAUAUUGGUGGGGUCCUGAUGGAGGGGGGCUCGGAUACAACUGCUUCCACGCUGCUUUCGUUCCUCCUCGCUAUGGUCAAGUAUCCUAGGGUCUUUCGCAAGGCGCAGGAGCAAGUCGACCAAGUGUGUGGGAUCGAACAUUCCCCUUCUUUCGAGCAUCUCGCACAGUUGCCUUAUGUGAAACACUGUGUCUCUGAAGUUCUGCGCUGGAGGCCUGUGGCGGCAGGAGGCAUUCCACAUGUCUUGGUCCAAGGUACUCCUCUCCCUUUGGCAGAGACAACAUAG